UUUUAUGGGGCUUGAACCCUUCAUUGGCUACUCACGAAAACAUCAUGUGUUGGUUGGACUAAACAACAUCAUUAAUUGCUUCGUUUGUGCUUGACCAGUUACUACUGCAAAUGGAUUAAUCAGAUUCACACCAGUUCAAAGAAGGAAGUGAUUGUAGUUGAAGUCCAGCUAUUUUCAAGCAUGGGAAAGUAUGGAGUUUCUCAGCUUUACCAUAUCUUCUCCAUUUUCAUUCUCACCAUUAGCUUUUCGUGCAGAGCCAGUGAUGAAGAUAAAAAGAUUUAUAUUGUGUACAUGGGAGCACUUCAAGAUAAGUUGAACUCACCAAUGUCUCAACACCAUGGCAUUUUACAAAGUGUUAUUGAUGAUGGAAGUACUUCUGUUGGAGAUGCCUUAGUUCGAAGCUACAGCAGGAGUUUCAAUGGAUUUGCAGCAAAACUUACCGAAAAACAAAGAUUGAAGAUUGAAGGUAUGAAGGAAGUAAUCUCUGUCUUCCCCAAUAAAAUACUCUACAAACAAACAACAAGGUCUUGGGACUACAUGGGGUUCCACAAGACAGUGAGGAGAAAUCCCACUGUGGAGAGUGAUACUAUAAUUGGUGUCAUUGACUCUGGAAUUUGGCCAGAGUCAAAGAGCUUUAGUGAUGAAGGUUUUGGUCCUCCUCCCAAGAAAUGGAAAGGUGCUUGCAAUGGAGGAGAAAAUUUCACUUGCAACAACAAGAUCAUUGGAGCUCAGCAUUAUUCGACAUUGGCAGGAGAUAGCUCUACGAGGGAUGAUGAUGGCCAUGGAAGCCAUACAGCUUCCACAGCUGCUGGAAACAAUGUAAACCAUGCGAGUUUUUAUGACUUGAAGAAAGGUGAAGCUAGAGGAGGAGUCCCCUCUGCUAGAAUUGCAGCCUACAAGGUUUGCAACUCUAAGAUGUGCACUGCAGCUGCUGUGAUGGCUGCUUUUGACGAUGCUAUUUCUGAUGGCGUUGACAUUAUCUCUAUAUCGAUUUCUUUUACUGGAGCUGUAAGUUUUGCAGAAGAUCCUAUUGCCAUUGGUGCUUUCCAUGCCAUGGAGAAAGGGAUACUUACCACACACUCUGCUGGAAACUUAGGCCCUUCUAUUGGAACCGUGUCAAGUGUUGCGCCAUGGUUAAUGACAGUAGCAGCAAGUACCACAGAUCAAAGAAUCAUAGACAAGGUUGUUCUUGGCAAUGGAAUGACCAUAAUUGGGAGAUCUAUCAAUUCUUUUAAACUCAAUGGAACAACAUUUCCUCUAGUACGUGGGGAAGAUGCUUCAAGUCAGUGCUCAGGUUUAUUUUCAAGCAUUUGCACGAAUGGGUGCCUAGACACUAAUUUAAUCAAGGGGAAGAUUGUGAUGUGUGACUUGUAUAGUGGAGCCAAUGAGGCCUUUAAAGCUGGUGCACUUGGCUGCAUUACCACCAUCGACGAUUUCAAUGAUUUUUCUACUAUUGUCCCAUUCCCUGCAUCAGUUUUGAACAGUACAGAUUACUUCGCGGUCUUAUCCUACCUGAAUUCCACAAAGAAUCCUGAAGCAACAAUAUUAAGAAGUGAAUUCAGAAAGGACUAUGCAGCUCCUACUGUUGCCUCCUUCUCAUCGCGGGGGCCUAAUACUAUCACACCAGAUAUUAUGAAGCCUGAUAUUAGUGCCCCAGGAGUAAACAUAUUGGCUGCAUACUCACCUGAAAGUUCACCUACACGAGUCUUUGACGAUAAGAGGCGUGUUAACUACAACAUACUAUCAGGAACCUCUAUGGCUUGCCCCCAUGUUGCAGGGGCUGCAGCCUAUGUCAAAACAUUCCACCCUGACUGGUCUCCAUCAGCCAUUAAAUCAUCACUUAUGACCACAUCUUGGUUGAUGAGCAAUAAUACUGAACAACCAAAUGGAGAAUUUGAUUAUGGUUCAGGACAUGUCAACCCUGUACAAGCUAUAAAUCCAGGACUUGUUUAUGAAGCUUUGGAAGGUGACUACAUAGAUUUUCUAUGCAGCAUUGGCUAUGAUGAUAAGAAAGUUAGGCUUAUAUCAGCAGAUAACAGCAGCUGCCCCCAAAACUCAGACAAAGGAUCACCAAAAGAUCUCAAUUACCCUUCAAUGACAGCCGAAGUUGCGCCAGGAAAAUCGUUUAGUAUUCAGUUUCGCAGAAGAGUUAAGAAUGUUGGUCAAGCAAACUCCACUUACAAGGCCACAAUCUACUCAAAAUCACUAACUGGUAUCAAAGUAGUGCCUGAAGUUCUUUCUUUCCAGUCACUGAAUGAGGAGAAGUCUUAUGAUGUGAUUGUUAAUGGAAGUGGUUUAUCAGAUAAUUCUAUGGUGUCUGCAUCAUUGGUUUGGUCUGAUGGCAUUCAUAGUGUUAGAAGUCCAAUUGUAGUGCACAACUUAAAAUGACCAACUUCAAGCCAAAUGGGAGUCUAAGUUUAGAUUGAUUAGUCAUUCAUUAUAUUGUAUUUUUAUUUAUUGAACAUUUAUUUUUUUAGAGAUACAAAUAUCAGUUGUAAACUUUAAAAUAAGAAAAGGAAAUUGGAUGCUUAAGCUUCUUUUUUUCUUUCUUUCAAGGAAGUACAUGUUCCAAUGUCGUUUUUGUA